GAUGGGCCGCAAAGGACCGAUCCGGUGUGUCCUCCAAACCGGCUCCUGGAGGACUGCGUCCCUCGAGCGCGUUCGGAGGAGCUGACCGAUUGGGACAGGCGAGGAUAAGUGACGUAUGCGGUGGACAAACGCGUCCUUAAGGACGCAGCCAGUGUUUGUGAAAAUGUCCAAGGCACCGAACUGUUGCAGUAUUACAAGUUUCCUGCUUUUAUGAUGCGUUCAGGAGACACACAGGAGACACACAGGAGACCCUCCGGGGGUCUGUCAUCGACUGCACUUAGUAUUCAACGUCACAAAUUCGCAGCGUGUCACCCUACUCGCAUGUGCGUUCUAGUCGUUUUAUUUCUAUGGACUGAUUCAUGAACCUGUCCAGCAGGAGGCGCUGCGGAGCCCUUUAACCUGCGUUGAAAACAGCUGAAGAAGAACGUGACCAAUGAGGACGCUUCAAGUCACGUGACCUGAAACCAUGGCUCCAAGAAAGCGAAGUGCAGCGUGACAACGAUGCGAUUCCUUUGUGCUUUGAAACCGCGGUUCUGUCUGGACUACAAUGUGCUUACAAGCCGAUAGCGGUUCCGUUGGGUUCGGUUGUGUCGUACAUUUAACACAGUAGGCCGUUAGAGCACCGGAUCACUAAUACAAGAUAAUGAAGCUUCGGGUCCAGUUGCAGUGUAAGAACCUGCACGAGUACCUGAGAGAGCUGAGUCCGGACGUUUUGGAUCGGCUGUACAACCACCCGGCCACGUGUCUGGCUGUGUACAGGGAACUGCCCCCUCUGGCCAAGAACUACGUGAUGCGCAUGCUGUUCCUGGACCAGCCGCUGCCCCAAGCGGCUCUGGCGCUGUGGGUCAAAGUAGACAGUCAGAAGGACCACGAGGAAUGCGUGUCGGUGUUGGCGGGACUCCGCCUGUGGCACAGUCAGCAGCUGCAGGGAGGUCUGCAGGGAUACAUCCUAAACCCAGUGUUCAAAGACAACCUGAGGAUCGCUCUGCUGGGCGGGGGCAAAGCGUGGGCAGACGAGGGCAGCACUCUGGGUCCUGACCGCCAUGCGCGGGACAUUGAGAGCCUGGACCGCUACGCCAUGGAGCGCUGGGAGGUCAUCCUGCAUUUCAUGGUGGGCUCUCCGUGUGCUGCUGUCAGUCAGGAUCUGGCUCAGCUGCUGGUCCAAGCAGGCCUCAUGAAAAGUGAAGCAGGAGAGGCGCCCUACAUCACAUCCGCUGGUUUCCAGUUCCUCCUGCUGGACACCGCCUCUCAGCUGUGGUACUUCACCCUGCAGUACCUCAAAACCGCUCAGACUAGAGGGAUGGACCUGGUAGAGAUCUUGUCCUUCUUGUUCCAGCUCAGCUUCUCUACUCUCGGCAGAGAUUACUCCGUGGAGGGCAUGAGUGAGUCAUUGCUCACUUUCCUGCAGCACCUGCGAGAAUUUGGACUCGUCUUCCAGAGGAAGAGGAAGUCAAGGCGGUACUACCCCACCAGACUAGCCAUAACCCUGGCUGCAGGAGUCACCACCUCCUCCUCAUCCUCCAUCUCUGUAGCUGGAGAUGCAGGCUUCAUCGUGGUAGAAACCAAUUAUCGUAUCUACGCCUACACCGUGGUGGCGCAUGUAACCAGGGAGUCCGUGCAACAGGCCAUUGCCAACGGCAUCACAGCACAACAGAUUAUCCACUUCCUGAGGACCAGAGCUCACCCUGUCAUGCUCAAACAGACUCCAGUGCUGCCUCCAACUAUAACAGACCAGAUCCAGCUGUGGGAGCUAGAGAGAGAUCGACUGCAGUUCACAGAGGGAGUGCUCUAUAACCAGUUCCUCUCCCAGGCUGACUUCGAGGUGCUCCGAGACAGAGCUCAGGGUCUGGGCUGUCUGGUGUGGCAGGACGUAGCUCACAGAGUGAUGGUGGUGUCACCGCACGGACACAGUGAGGUCAAGAGGUUCUGGAAACGGCAGAAGACUCCACACACCUAACUACACUUACUCCCAUGAUGUCAGGAUUGUCUUGCUGCAACAAUGGUUCCUUCCUGUCAGUGCUGUAUGAAAUCUUUUUUUGUUUCAUAAAAUAAAUUCCAUGUAAUCUGGAUUAAAUACUUAUAAAAAGAAAUCUA